CGUUACUUCUUUCUCACUCCUCGUCGUAGUCAAGCAGCACGAGCUCUCAAAAUUUCGAUUGCGCGCCGUCGUCCACUUCAACGUCCACGGGGACACACAACAUCGACGUUGUUUUAACGUGAACUCCACCACGACGACCUCCAAAUAAUUAUACUGGAUCUCACACUCAUUUUUUAAAGCUUCUCUUUGACCGAGCAACACAACACAUUACCGUUACCAGCAGUCUGCAAAAACCGGAAUCGUCGGCUCUCGAUGCCCAGUAUAUUCUCGCGGGCCCGCACUACUUCGACACCUGGCAAGAAGCGCUCGAGUGGCAAUCAAGACGCACCUUAUGACGAGUUUGGGCGCGUAAAUAGUAGGAGUUCCGCCAAAGAUGUCACUAGUGGCAGGAGUACUCCUGCUAGUACGCCCGUGAAACAAAAGCCACGGAACCGAACCCUCAGCACUCCCGAGACAGAUCCAUUCGCUCACAUUCCUGAUGGGUCUUUUCUCCCUUUGAAUUUGGAACCCAAAGAUAUUGACCACGAGCAGCAAGAGCAUGACUACGGAUACUUGUCUUAUCAGCGGCACGUUGUAUUAGGUCUCGAUGAAAUCGCACGCCUCGUGGAUGUCGUGGCCAGCGAACUAGGCACCAGAGCACUGACCACUCCCUUUAUUUUUUCGACUUUGGCGCUUGAUGUCUCGGCUAGCUCUGUUAGGAGGCUUGUCAGAGCAUUUCUGGAAACGUGUACGGGCGGAAUCGAUGCGGAACAUCGUUGGAGAGAGGAGGCCAGACUCGCAGGUCCGCACGAGCUUGGCAUGUGCAUACGGUGGGGACUUGCCAGAGUCGUCAGAGUCGUUGGUGGACAGGCAGUGAGAGGCCUCAUUGCUUGGGACCAUUAUACAGAGUUCCGAGACUCCGAAGCAAUACAGAACUAUCCCCCGAAACACUUCUCCACUUUCCUCCCACCACUUUCCUCCACUCUGCGCUCGAUCCUACUCACUCUGUUAAGCCUGCUCAUUCGGUUCACAGCGCACAGCGCCAGCUCUGGACACACGCCUCCAACGCUCUCCCCACUGUUCGGUCCCUUGCUAUUUGGCCUCGGCCCCGCCACUCUCGCAUUCCACCACACAUAUAUCCACUACCUUCGCGCCGUUAACGCCACCGAACAUCUCCUUCUUUCCUUCAUCCGUUGGCAAUCUACAUCUGACCUUGGUGUUCCUACCCGGCUCAAAGAAUGGAUCCGCUCCUAUCCCUCCACCCUCCCCGCCUUGCACCACUCAGCCAAGCAUGAGCGUCCACAAGCGCGCAGGGGUGCACGUACGGUGCGUGUCGUAAGCGUAAGGCGUAACGUACGGAUGUAUACCCCGGACCUAGUAAACACUGCUGCAAGUUGGGCACAUCGGUCACAUGGCCAUGGCCUAGCGGGAUCAAAGGAAUGGGAAAGGAUUUCCCCAUCUUGGCUCAAACUGCCUCCGAGAUACUCGGAAGCAUACAAGAAGCGUAUGGACCUACCGUCCCAUGUGCAACCGUACACCGGCCCUGGUAUCGUCCCAGCAUCUGCAACCAACAGCACCUCGUCUUCUCUGACUGAUGACAGGGAUGCUGGGAUGGGGCUGGGACUACGGGAAGGCGAGGAGAGGUUUAGGAGCCUUACGGAUUUAAAGUGGGGCGAGUUUGAGAUGAUGGGAUUCGGGACGGUUGCUGCGGAUGAGAAGAAGUUACAAUUUGAUUUGACGGAAAGCGCACGCACGGCCCGUGCUGCAAAACGUGCUACUCUUACCUGGACCGAUUUCUCUACAACUGGUUUCACACGCACAGACGCACCUUUAAGCGCUACCCUCCAAUUUAGCACGCCUCUCACUCACACAAUCUCCUCGUGGCCCUCGCACAAUGCCGACAUUACCAGAAAGCUCAAGAAGACCGCCAGGACCUUGCCUGCAUUUGGUUGGGACACAGAGCCUGUCCUCGGCACGGAAGAAGUGGUGGAAGAGGCGUUUGUAGACGUGUUUUGCGAUUUGGUUUGGGGAGGCGGUUGGCGGGAGGAAGUUUGCGGGAUCCCGAGUGCAGAGGAACCUGCAACGGAGGUCGAGAGGGAGUGUAACUGGGCAUUGAUUGAAUUUAGGUCUCUUCCGAUAUCUGCAUCUAUAUCCUCUCCCUUUCCCACGGCUAGUAGUGGCACUGACCCAAGAACAAGCACAACGCUCGUCUUGUUUGAGGAGUUUGUGCCUUUGGAAUACCGCCAGCAGCUUGCUAAGGACAGCGGUGGGAAGCGAAAACUGCCGUUUCCGUUCAUGUCCCCUAAUAGCAAAUCUCGCCCAUGGAAACCCGCUGCUACACUUAAUGGACGCCCCUACGUUGUUGGGCACGUACCUAAGAGUCCGUCAUAUCGCGAAGUCGAAUUUGAGGGACUGCUGAGAUCAAACGGGAGCAAGGUUCUUUCACUAGACAAGCCCAGCGGCAGCGGGGGUCCGAUAUUGUCCGGCACGGCAGGGGCCCUUUCUCCCAUAGCUUCAGACGAACGACCCUCCACCCCACGCCCAGCUCCUCCCGCUCGACCGACUGUGACUAUCUCUGCACCGCUCUAUUCCCGGCCAAAAGACAACGACAAGCCGCCAAUGCUGCCCGCAAAAGACAAGGACAGAAACUCAAAGUUUGAGCGCAAAGCCUCCGAUUCGCCCAUCUCCCCGACAUCUGCACGUAAGCUUGCUUCGCGCUUUCGCGUCCACCCCAGUUUUCGCCGCUCAGGGGUCGUCCCUACUGAAUACACGGAGGACAUAGUGGAUUUUGAAACGAGGCUGGCGAGCUACUCAGAUGAUGAGCUGAAUAACAUGACAUCUUCAUCUGCAGGAGGGAGGGACAGAGAGGAAAGAAGGCGCUCGAAGGACGAUGCGUGGGUGGAUAUCCUGGUCGCGACACACGGCCGGCGGAUGGGUGGGCAGGAUGUAAAUAUUCGCCCGUUCAGCGCGCGCGGGAAGGGCAUGCAAGACCCGGAGAUCGCGAGUCACGAAGUAGCACAAGUGCUUGCGGGCGUGGCGCUGGCACAGCUGCCAUCAAGCGACGAUGAGCCUGAGCCGAUACCUGAGCCCACCGUGGAGCCAAGUGUAAUAAGCGACGAUGCGGAUGUGGACAGUGUAAUGUCGUAUCCAAAGACGGUGACCUCUAGUGUGCCGAAACGCUUGGGGUACUUUGAUCUACAUCCAGAACGCCGGCCUGGACCUUCGCCGAGGCCAAUGAGCUUUGGUGAGGACUCAGAUGGAGAUGAGGUGCGCUAUGGAACACCCGAGAGAGCCUCGCCGUUGAAGUUUCCCAUGCCUGCGAACACCGAUACAAGUCCUUACCCCGAGCCCCUGCGAGGCUCGAUGGACACUGAAGUAAGUGAAUAUGCAGCAACUUCCACGCAUUCCCUGGAGCUCGACGCGCCGGAUUUGGUGUAUGAAGACCACCGCGCAGUCAAGGACACAGAGGGCAGUUACUCGGGGACGGGAAUUAUGACUAUGCCGCAGCUUAUAGCUGUGGCACCCGUAACGUCGGAGAAGGGAGAAAAGGACAAGGAAAAGAGCCGGACGGCUGCGCUGAUCGAGAUGUACCGCGAGCGCGAGAAGACGUCGUCCACGACUAGUCCCGUGCCGAUCUCAAAGCUCCCCGUGCGUUCGGCAUUAUUGCAUCCUCAAGUGAAGGAGUCGCCGUUACCCGCCCAGCCUGUUGUAGUGACCCCCGCAGAGGAUGUUAUUGAAGAGCCUGUGCGCACGGAAGGCUCGCAGGGUGAGGAACUUCUGCAGCCUGUGGGUUUGUUGUAUGAGGGGAACGGGCGGGAUAGUCCUGCCAGGUAUGUGCAUGGUGCACCGUUGCAUAAUGUGAUGGAGGAGGAAGAGGAGGACUGAGUGGUUGUAGCCUUCACCUCCUUGAUCACCCAUCCAGACCUUUCUUCCCUUCGCCAUCACCAUCGUUGAUCCAAAAGCCAAUCUACCGAGGAAUGCACGAUGCAACUCGUCUUUCUAUCAAGUGUACCUGAACGAACACCAACGUGUAUAUGAACCAUCCAUACCGGUCAUCAUCCCCAACACCACUGACAUCCUAUUCUAAAUAUAACCGCUGUUCCCUAGAUUUCAUUCGAUACCAAAUCUCCCCGAAGCAUUGCAAAGAAGCAUACAUACAUACCGUUCUUU